AUGUCGAUACGGCCCCUCCCUGCCCAUGUCGCCGAAAAGAUCAGGUUCUCCGUCCUCAUCACCUCCCUAAACGAUGUGGUUUCUGGUCUCGUGAAGAACUCACUCGACGCGGACGCCACCUCCAUCAACGUCUCCGUCGACUACGCCAGAGCCACCUGUCUGGUCGAGGAUAAUGGGGUUGGCAUUCCACCCCAGGAGUUUCGUCUAGACGGUGGUUUGGGGAAACCCCACCAGCAGAGGCUCCUAACCUUCCGCCAUGGUACUCGGGUCUCCGUACGCGACUUAUUUGGGUCUAUGCCUGUGCGUGUCAAGCAGCGACCCGCUCUAGGAGACCGCACGGCUAUCGAGAAGGAGUGGCGUCGGUUGCUGAGGGACGUUGUUGGGUUACUUCUCGCAUGGCACAGCCCCGUCUCAGUAUAUAUCAAGGAGCUCGGUUCCGGCCUCGAAGUGCGCUUUCGUCCUCCACAGGUACCUAGCACGAGGGCUCCUCCGGGAUCCAGCGGUACCGACAUGGAUAUGGUCUCUAGGGUUUCGCGCUGCCUAACCCAAGCUGGCCUAGCCGACGUUACCGACUCCGGUUCCUGGGACCAAGUGAGCGCGUCGUGGGGAGGCUUGUCCGUCCGGGGAUGGAUCUCCCUGAAUCCCGUCGCCUCUCGACAGGCGCAGUUCAUCUCCCUCGGCGUCUUGCCCAUCCCCAGCGAACUUGUGACCAGCGUUCUCUACGAAGUGAACCGAGUCUUUGCGGAUUCAUCCUUUGCACUAUUAGCCGAUGAACCGGACGAAAACGAUACUUUGAAACGGCCAGAGUCAAAGAGCAGCGUCGCUGCGAGCCAGAAGCCGAAGCGGAGCGUCGACCGGUUCCCCAUGUUCUUCUUCCAGACGUACUUCGACACCGUAUCCAGCAUAGCGCGUUCCACUAUUGAUAAUUUCAUUAAUCAUAGUGUCGGCAUCGAGUCGGUUAUUCAUGUGCUCAAACUUGCCUCCUACGAGUUCCUCAAGAAACAUCAUUUCAACCCUCGUCAAGGCCACCCCGUCUCCUUUGACGGUCCGGGGUCUCGUCAGGAUCGUGAAGACACCCCCCUCCCAUCUGCUAGCCGCUCACACCUGAGCGCGGCGCCAACAAGGAACUCGAGAAAAAGGCCGGCGCCUACAAAUCGCAUUGCGUCGCCUUCCCCGUUUGACGGCUGGAGCCGAGUUAAGUCAGGAAAGCCGCUAGGUAAGCCGACCGCUCCCCGGGUCCAUGCGACCAAAAAACGUGAGGAGAACGGUGCUCCCUUUUCGAGUGCUCCGCUCUUGGCCAAAUCCGGACACUUUCUUCGGGCCCCAUUUCCCGAUGCCGCGACUGCGGAACGAUUAUCCGACAAUAUCGCUGGUUCAAGGACGAAUAGGGAGAAUAUCCAGGAUCAGGAUAGUGAGUCCAGUGACUGGAUGGACAAAAUCCUCAAAAACUGGAAAAACCCCGUCUUCGGACCCACCGAACCACCCAUUCCCCGGUCCUACAACGAAGACGAUCCCACCGGAACCAAACCAAGCCAAGCUACCUGCGGCCCCGGGCUCCCAUCCCUCCCCGUCCAAAGCCACGUUUCCAGGGAUAGCCUAAAGAAGGCCCAGGUCAUAUCCCAGGUCGACAAAAAGUUCAUCCUCGCCCGAAUACCCUCCUCCUCCUCACCCUCUUCCUCCUCGAUUCUCCUGCUUAUAGACCAACACGCCGCCGACGAACGCAUCCGUCUCGAAGCCCUCACAAGCACCUACUUCUCCUCCCCGCCCUCGCAGCGCACCACCGCGAACACAGACCCCCUCCCCUCCCCGAUCCAAUUCGAGGUCCCCCGCCGCGAGGGCAAGCUCCUCCUGCGCUUCCAGAGGCACCUGUCCUACUGGGGGAUCCUCUACAACGUCGACCUGUCCGCCACCGCCGGGGCGGAUCCCCAAGCCAAGAUCACCGUCCUCAGUCUACCACCCGGCAUCAUCGAACGGUGCCGCCAGGAACCGCGCCUCCUCAUCGAUUUACUCCGCGCCGAAAUCUGGAAGCUGGACGAUCGCCCGCCUCCACCACCUCCGACGCAUCGGAGGGCCGGGGCCGAGGGUCAGAACGAAUGGGUUUCCAUGUUUGGGUCGUGUCCGCGCGGGAUCAUGGACUUGUUGAAUUCCAGAGCCUGUAGAAGUGCAAUAAUGUUCAACGACUCCCUCACAAACGAGCAGUGCGAGACUCUCAUCGCCAAGCUGGCGGACUGCGCUUUUCCUUUCCAGUGCGCUCACGGCCGGCCUUCCAUGGUUCCUAUCCUAGACCUCGGGGGCUUUCGGGGGUCAUCCACGGCUUUGGAUGGGCCCGAGGUGUCGUGGAAGGAAUGGUUGGCGAAGGGUUGA